AUACCUUUAUCUUUGUCACCGUUUGAAUCUCUCACAUUUGACCAGUUGAACAGCUUGUCAGAGGAAAUAAGCGUCCCUGGGCCUCAGAAAUCAUCUGAGAAUGAUGCUCUUCGGGAAACUGUAGUGAUGGAAGCACUGUUUGCCUAUGAAGAAUCCAGGAAGGUUCCUUCCAACUUUAGCUGUGAAGUAGAGAAUCUUUUUAAUCAGUCAAAUUCUGAAACCAUUUCUACCAAAGAAGAAGUUGCUGAAAGUAUUAUAAAAAAAGCUGAUAAUGCACAUCCCAGUAUCAAUGGUCAGCACAAGGUCAGGAAAAAAUCCUUGGACACUGAAGAUGAAUUCCUUGGGCAGUGUGAGUCUGAAGACAGUAGAGACAAAGAGAAAACAAGAAGAGCAAAAGAACCUGAACUCAUUUCAAAAGAAAAUCCUUUGUACAUCAGAGGGUCUCCUGAGAGCGAAGAGAAAUUAGGCCCAACUUCCUCUGUGAAGUCUGAUGUUGAAUGUAGUUCUAAAAAACUUGCAUCUUUAGAUAUUACAGAUAAAUGCCAAGAUACAAAGGACAUUUCUAAUAACUAUGUAGAGGUACCACCUGUUAAUGACUCUUCCAUUACAAAGCUGGAUAAAGUUUUGGAGAGUCAAUUUUCUAGAGAAAAUGAGGGACUGAGUACUAAAAAUUGUGAAGAAGAUAAACAUAGGAAAAAAAACAAGAAAAAAAUACACGACUCUAAAAAAACUGAUAAAGAGCACUACCGAAGGAAGAGAGAAAACUCGGACACUGAAGAGAAGGAGAAGCAAACCAGAAGUAAAGCAGAUGAUCAUUCCCACAAGAGGAGGUCCUCUCACAGCGUGGAUAGGCAAAAUCGUCAUAAGCAGGAGUAUUGCCAUGAAAACAAGUACAGGUCUUCCCAUAAUGAACGAAACAGUCCGAAUAAUGGCAAAAGCUCAGGAAAAUAUUCCCAUUACAGAUCCCGAAGCAGAGAAAGAACAGAACAAGACCGGAAUAGGUAUUAUCAUUCCAAAGGAGAGAGAACUUGGAGCCGAGAAAGGUACUAUCAAGAUGAACCACGGAGAUGGGAGAAAUGCAGAUACUACAAUGAUUAUUAUUUUUCUCAUGGAACAAGAGAUGGUAGAGAGAGAAAGUCCUCUUAUUGUGAUAAAGACUUUGACAAACCGAGUCAAUCUUACAACAGGUCACAUAAGGAUUAUCACUGCAAAAGCAGACGGUCUCACCACACACUCCCUAGAGAGGAAGACGUACAUCACUUCAGCAGCCACAGAGCAAGCUUACAUCAUUGUUCAGUACCACAGCAGCAGCCUGAAAAAUACUCUCGUGAAAGGCACACUCUUCCACCCGUGCCAGCUCAUGCAAGUUUUGAGGACUCUUCCCGGGAAAAUGAAAGAGAAAAACUAAGAAAUGGCAAAAGAAAAUAUAGCCACACGGAAGGAAGCGAAAGUGAAAUAGAAAAGAAAUGCCGAAAGAUAGGUGACCAAAGAAUGAAAAAAUAUAAGAAGGUCAAGAAGAAAAAGAAGUCCAAAGAUAAACAUCGAGAGAAGGAUUACAAACCUUAUGAUUUGGAUUACUCUGUGCUCCGCUUUGACAAUGACAAUCGCAAACAUAAGAAAAAGAAGAAAAAGAAGAAACACAUCAGGAAACUGAAAGUCUGCUUGGAAUAUUUAGAUCCUCGUUUCCAGAAGAAAACACAGGAGAAGCACAGGUGCAGUGCUAUAGAUCUGGCUUUGCCAAGUACAAAACAUUCUCUGCCAGUUUGGCAACUCGUACCAGCUCUAGCUCCAGCCAUUUUCAUGCAGAGCUUACUGAUGGAAGCCUUCAAUAGGCAAACUAAACCUGCCAUCAAAGGUGAAAACUUUUUACCGAAGGCGACACCGAUGUUUUACCGAAGGCGACACCGACGUUUACCGAAGGCGACGCCGACGUUUUAUUGA